AUGAAACAACCACCGUUACUGUUGGAAAAGCUACUUCAUCACAAAACUGAUCCUGAAAGCAAAAACUUCCUAGCCAACAUACGAACAUACAAUGCAAUGUUUUCGUUUACUUCUCCGGGAAUGAAAUUUGACACUAAAAUUCCAAAGGGGGGAGGUCCUCCAACGAUGCGCCUACACGGUCAAACAUGUCACCGAAUAGGCAGUCUUAUACCACCACAGGGUCAACUACCACAAUAUGCCCAAUUGUACAUUUACGACACUGACCACGAGAUUGCAAAUAGAAUGCGUUGUUUCAAGGACAAUACAUCUAUUGAAACAUCUAUUGUAGCUAAGUUAAAGAGUAUGUUAGAUGAAGUUAAUGUUCUUGCCAAAGCAUUUCGAAUGGCACGUGAUAUGUUUAAGGCCAAUCCAUACGUCGAAUUGAGGCUGAAACUUAUCAGUGACAGACAUGACGAUGGUCGUGUGUAUAAUAUGCUAACCGUUGCGGAAGUUGCUACCCUUAUUGUCGGUGAUAUUGACACAGGUGAAAAGAGAGACAUUAUUGUCCAAUAUCGGAGUGGUAAAUUACAAAGGAUAGAUGAGUUCAAUCCAAGUUAUCUUUCAUAUCAAUACCCAUUGAUUUUUUGCUAUGGUGAAGAUGGAUACUGGAAUAAUAUUCUUCACAAGUAUAAAGAUGAGACAACUGUUACAAGGAAAAAUAGGCAAUCUAUCAAGGAUUGGCUGUGUUUUCAUCUCCAAGAACGCAAACAUGAACCUAAAACAUUAUUGUACUCAAGGAAACUUUUCCAACAAUUAUUGGUUGAUGGUUACACUAUGAUGGAAUCAGAACAUCUCAAUUGGUUGAGAAAAAAUCAAUCCAAGUUAAGGGUCGGAAAAUACAAUAAUUUGCAAGCAAGGUGUGAGGAAGGAGGCCAGAAUCCAGGUAACAAACAAGGUAAACGUGUUGUUCUGCCAUCUUCUUUUGUGGGUAGCAAACGAUACAUGGAUCAACUUUACUUCGACGGUAUGGCAAUUUCAAGCAGAUUGGGCUUCCCAGAUUUAUUUAUCACCUUCACAUGCAACCCGAAUUGGCCGGAGAUUACACGGUUGCUGUCCAGGAAAAACUUAAAACCACAUGAUAGGCCUGACAUUGUUUCGAAAGUUUUCAACAUCAAGUUUAAAGAGCUUAUGGUUGAUUUAACAAAAAAACAUAUUCUUGGGAAAGUAUUGGCAUGUAAGUUUUUCCCCCCAAUAUGUUUCUAA